AUCGUUAUCAAUUUACAAACGAGAACUAGUUUAUUGCAUCAGGCUUAGGCAACGUUUUGCCGGAAAAACAUCCUAAUUAAGUAAAAAGAAAUGUCUGCAGUUAGACAGUUUGCCUACAAGGGCAUGCAAGUAACGCAUUUAUCCGGGGCAUUUGGUUCCAAGGUUUCUUUACGAAAAAUGUCAACAAAUUCAAAGCCAGUUCUGUACUCUUUUUGGUCAAGUUCCUGUUCUUGGAGACUUCGCAUAGCACUGGCACUUAAGGGAAUAGAUUACGAUAUUAAAGCCACUUCCUUGUCAAAGACGGCCAACGAACAUGUCUAUACCUCGGAAUAUAGGGAAGUAAAUCCCAUGCAAAAGGUUCCGUCCUUGAAAAUUGAUGGACAUACGUUGUGCGACUCAGUGGCUAUAAUGCACUAUUUGGAGGAAACCCGUCCUCAACCGCCACUUCUUCCUCAGGAUCCGGUAAAGAGAGCUAAGGUCCGUGAAAUUGUGGAGCUCAUUUGCUCCGGUAUUCAACCACUGCAGAAUAUUACGGUCCAGGAGCAUCUGGGCAAUGAUCUGGGACUAGAGUUUGCUCAGCAUUGGAUAAUUCGAGGUUUUCAAGGUUUAGAGAAGGUGGUUUCCCAAUCAGCGGGUAAAUUCUGUGUGGGAGAUGAGCUCUCUAUGGCCGAUAUUUGCCUGGUGCCUCAAGUUCGCAAUGCAAGGAGAUACAAGAUUGACCUGAGUCCGUAUCCCACCGUAGUUCGCUUGUAUCAAGAAGUUCAGGAAAUGGAAGCAUUUAAGUCUACUCAUCCCAGUACUCAGCCAGACUGUCCACCAGAAUUUCUUAAGAAAUAAUCAAAUCUCUAGAAAUAUUCAAAUCAAUUGAUAACAACAUUCUUGUAGCAUUUAUAUAUAUUAGGUAUUAUAAAAAAAACUUUUGUAGACCCCCAACCAAAUGGAAGUGAAACUUCAUUGAAUUAUAAUAUAAUUUUUAUUAGUUUUGUCAGUUUUAUAUAAUCGUUCUUAAAUGUGUAAUGUGUAAUUCACGUAAUUCAUUUAUGUACCGUCCUAACUUUGCAUUUCUAAUUUUCCAUCCUGGAUGCGGAUCUUUAUAAUGUUUCUGUGUAUGUAGUAUGCACUUAUUGGCUUUCCUGGUUGGAGUGUUUCUCUGUGGUUGUGUCUGCCUCUGUGUGUGUGUGUGUGUAUAUAUGUAUUCAACAAAUUUUACUAUAAAUACUAUUACAUACAUACAGAUGCGCCGGACGCAUUACAUAACAUAACCAUUACAUUCGAUAUACAUGCAUGUUCCGUACUGUAUCGUAGUAUCUAACAUCGGUUCCGAUCGAUCGCCUACCUAGCUUAGCUUUCAUUUAUUGUUGGCCUUAGUUCGCCGUUUACCGUUACCAUUUCGGUUUUAGCCGCAAUCUGAAUUAUAAUCUUCCUUGGUUUUGGUUUUGGUUUUUCUUCGAGUAUGAUUCACUUGGGGUUAUAUAGCUAUGUAUAUAUAUGUAUGUAGAGAGGAGUAACUGUUUGCAUACUUUUCGUUCGCAAUUGUACAAGUUUUCUUAUCGUUUGUUUAAUUGCAAAAAUUAUGUUUUUCGAUUGUUAAAACUUGAAUGAGCUACUUUAAAGAAUCUUCUUGUAGGGAUACCUUUUGAUUUAAUUGUUUAAAGAUUUCACUAGACUAUUUUUUUCUGUUACUUGUCUUGCAUUUUGUUUGGUUUUUCUCUUCGUUUCUUUUUCAAAUCUAUACCUCGUAAAAUUAAAAAUUGAGAAUUGAGAAAUAAAGAAAACCUACUUGCUUUUACCGUGGUUAUGUGUGAUCUUUUCCCAUUGCGAUUUUCAAAUGCUAAAUGAAUAAAUCUAUAAAAUCGUUUGCUUUGCUACUUGAUUUUUAAAAAACUUCAAUUGAUUAUACUUUGUAAAUAGAGCAUAACUAAAUAUCGUUGAUUUCAAUUUGCAUUUAUUUGGUUUACUUCAAUUGGGACUCGCACGUUCCCAUAUUUUGGGUUCGUUUUGCACUCAGAAAGGGAUUUGGUUUGCUAAAAUUGAUUUAAAUAUUUUGCUAAUAUGUAUAAGUAAAACUUGUUUCUCUGCGCAAUGUGUUUUCGUUCUCAUUACGGCUAUUUAAACAACUUUCGCUACGUUCUCCACAAUGUUUUUUGGGCAAACUGAAUUGCUGGAUUUGUUUGCCUUCUGUUUGGUUUUGUUUUGUUUUAUGGAGCCAUAAUUUCUUUCGCACCUAGGUUAAUAUUACAUUUGCUUAGCCUAUUUAGGCGGCACUGUAUUUACAUACAUUUAAAUACUCUAUAUACGUUAAUUUGUUUACACCUUCCGACUUCAUUUCUCAUUUUGUCAUUAUUAUUAUCACAGUCAAAUCAUAAAAGAUUUAGUACUUUUACUUUUGAAUGAGUUUCCAUGAUGUUUGCUUUUGCUAAUGUUCCGCGCUUUCGAAUGACCAUCGAUCAGUGUCAAUAUCAUAUUUAUUAAUUCCUGCCUAUAUUAUAAACCUAUUGAGAGAUCGAAAAGUGUUCUGCUGCUGCUCGUAAUUCCUAUAGUGUGCAACGGAAUUUGACGUUGAGUGAAGAGUGUGUGCUAGUGUUUCGAAAGGAUCUUCAAGGAGUUUCCUUUCGGAGACUUCGAAAGUAAUGCUAUCGAAUCAAUUAUUUUACUUGGAACCUCUAAUCGCUUGUAUAAAAUAAGAACUCCUACAUGUUGAGCGAAAUGUUGGACUUUCGGGGACCUGUUGCUGUUGAUAUUGGCCAGAUAUCGUGAAGGCCGUAAUUUCUAUGUAACUUUUGUUUCUGUUUCUGUUUUCUAAGGUACUCACGUAUGCAACUUCUUAGGUUGGUUGGUUGACAUUUGAGAAAGUGUUUAAGUGAAGAAGACGCGAAAAUUCGGCUUUUUACUUGUUACGAUCCGAAAGUUAAUAAUCUUUUUGUUUGCCGUUAACUAUUUUUGUACACUGAAUAAGAUUUCAUUUAUAAACGACUUCACUAUGACUGUGAUGCAGUUUUAUGAGUUAUGACUUAGGCUAGGAUCAUUUAACGUCAUUAUGUCUACGCUUUCCUCCAUCGCUUUCUAUUCGUUCGAUCUUUGAGAGAGUUUAAAAUCUUUUCGGCUACUUUACAUAUUUUUUUGAUGCAGACCCAUGUGUGCUAAAUGAACUGUGCCAAAUGGAAAUAACGCUGGUAAAUAAAUAAUUUGGGGUCCGUGCCGAACUGCACUUUUCAAUGGUAUUCUCUUUUUUUGUUUUUUUUUUUUGGAAAGUGAGGUCCUGCACGGACCUUUUUUUGGGUACUGGGUUCUUUGUUUCAAUCGUUAAACCGCUUUUAUUUGCUCGAAUUAAUUAAUAUUAGAUUUAUUUAUCACACUAACGACUACUUUUUAUACUUUUAGUGUAUGUGUAUAUAUAUAGUAUUUAAUAUUUUACUAAUGUUGUAUGCUUCUGUUGUGGUUGCUGAAUGAACGUCUCCGCAGCCGCAGCCGCAGCCGGUCGGCCAAUCCGAUAGAUUUAUACAUACAAUGCUAUAUGAGGUUAUACUUUAUGAUUCAGUUAGUUCUCCGAUUCCUCGACCUAUCAAUGAACCAGCAAGGUUCUUUCUGUUCGACUGCCGUCUUCGCUUACGAUUCAAUAUUCAAUGUAGGUAUACAUACAGGUAUAUGUAUGAAUAUGUUAUGGGUGUGUACAUUUAUAUAUAGAAUGCAUACGCAUCGUAAUGUUUAAUUGUUCUAAUAACAGUGUGGGUGGCAAAGCAUAACAAAUUAUAGUUAAAGUUACUCUCGUCCCUCGCUCUUCUCCGCUUUAAGUAUGCAGUUAUGUAUGUAUGUUAUAUAUGUAUGCACUAUACGAGAUUUGAUUGAUAAAUUGAACUCCUCUUUACAUAUUUGUAUUUUAGCAACAUACGGAUUUCGAAGGGCGAACUGCCCGCCACUUCCCUUCUUAAUUUGUUGUUCUUGUUUUUGUUUUCUCUUUAAAUGUUCAAAGUCGAAUUUGAAUUACUUUAGAUAUUUAUGUACUGUAUGUAUAUAGUUAAUAAAAGUUGCUUUUAUGUUUACUACUUUAACACUAAUAGACUCCGUCGUUGAAAUAACAGCUGUAUUACUUUCUCUUUCCCUUUCUCUUCCUGUUUAUCUACCAUCUAUCGUUUCCUCUUCCGGUUGUUAUUGUUAUAGAUGCCUUUCAAUAAUUUAAUAAAACUCCUGAACUCCUAAAGCGAACUCAAUGUCCUUCCAAAGUUACCUAGUUUCGUAUGAUUGCAGUGGAUAGUUGGUGUUUUUUUGGGAGGAGGGGUGGCGAAAGAGGGUGAGUUGCAUGACAAUGUGCCUGAUAAGUGGGUUCUUUGUGGGUGCCGAUGGCAGUAACAGUUGUAUAUCGAUGGUGAGCACAAAGCUAAUGGUGCAACUUGGUUUUUUGGGGCAGACUGUGCUAGGGCCACCCACUUACCAAAUCUUUUUUUUCGAUUGUGGGUCAGCGUGAAGCUUUUUUUGUACAGCAAAUAACAAACGCAUUCAAACAAUAAAAUCCAAACAAGCAUAAACACGUCGAAAGCGGGACGCAGGAUCCCCGAACCGAUAGGAUCAGAUCUGACCUACAUCCGAUCGGCUCGUGACCCCCUGACCUCCAUCUUCCCUUCGUCACGCCCCCUCAGCCUCGAAGAGGUUGUUGUUGUUCUGGUUGUUGUCGUUGUUGGAUCACGAAUCGGACAUUUCUGAUUAACGGAGUGGGGGAAUCGGCAAGGACCUCUUUGCAGCGAAUACGUAUGCAUAUGGGAAAAGUUGAAGGGGAAAAAGGGGGAAGGGGGAGGGGGGUAAAGGGGGUUCGAGGACUCUCUUUCGGACUGUCCAUGCAUCGAUGAAUUGAGAACUUGAUUUCGGGGAUUGAUUUCUCUGGCUUUUCAAGUAAAGCUUUUCUUUCCUCUUAGUUGUCUCAUUAAAAAAUUAAUUAUUUCAUAAUUAAUUUCAAGUAUCGUUUGACUUCCUUUUAAUAAAUAUAUUUUUGCUUUGUUUUGUUGUUUUUCUCUUUUUGUUAUUUUUAAAUACAUAUCACAGAUCCAGUACAAAUAUAAGUAUAUAUAUUUGUGUUUAUUUCUUCUUCCUUCCUCUACUAUGUUUAGAUAUCAUAUAAAACUCAUACAUUAAACAUAACUCAGUGAGCACGCGCAAAGUGAUACUGAUAUUUAGUACGAAUGUGUGAAUGUAUGGGAGAGGUGUCUCAGGUGUGUGUUUGUCAGGUGUGCAUUCAUGUGUGUGUUUCAUGUGUGUAUGUGGGGAUUGUGAGUCAGUGUCUGUGUCUGCGAUAGAUAGGGCAUAGGGCAUAUAGUGCUUCGAUUCCGGGGGAUCGAUCGAUCUGACGCAAGGCGAAGAAGUCGAAAUAAAUGUUCGUUUGUUGUUGGAUUGGUAGGUUGAUUUUGGUUGAUUGGUUGACUGAUUGGCUGAUUGGUUGACUGGUUUUUGUGGGGUGGACGAAGGGGGAUCUGUGUUCUUAUGCUUGUUGUGAUUUUGGCUGUUGUUGUUCGUUAAGCUACGUUUCAAAGUUGUUUACUGUGGAAUUCUGCUGUUCUUAGACGGUCUAUUGCAUGUAUGUACUUCUCAAACUGUCUCGAUCUCUGGGCUCUUUUUCUUUAUGAUACUCAUAAAAUAAUAGGUCUAAAUAAAACACCAACAUCGUUAUCCUUAUUCAUUCCCCUUACGUUUUCGUUUUGUUUUCUUUUUUGGAUGUUAAUGCAUAUUUCAAGGCACACUAGCAUUUACGACUGUACUUUCAAAUUUACUCUCAUUUUGUUUCCAUAUUUCUCAUUAGUUUGCUUACAGAUCCUCUUUUCGUUUUGUUUUGUUUUUUUGUUUAUAAUUAUCUUGUGUUUUCCAUUCAUUUGAUUUUGUAUUUUAAUCGUAUUAUAUAAAUAUUGCACAAAUAAGAACAAUUGUAGGUAAGUUUUAACAAUAAUAGCAAAAAUUAAUAAGAACAACUUGUAACUUAAAUAUAUAGACUUAGCUUAGGAUUGGUUGCCGUUGUGGUUUGUUUGUUUAUCCAUUUCAUUAUUUCACUACGGUGAUGAGCGUUUUCAGUGAUUGGAUCGAAAUUGAAAUUGAAAUUGAAAUCGAACUGAGCAAAAAAGUGGUUGACUGAUUGGCUGAUUGACUGAAGCCUGGACUGACUGGCUGAUUGAGUUGAUUUUGGUUUUGGUUUGAUUGGUCAUGAUAAUGUUGUAGACUGAUUUUGGAUUGGGGGAGUCUGGUUUGGUUGGGUUAGUGGUGGUGCGGCGCUUGUGGGUGGUUGGGUGGAUGGGUGGUUGGCAAAUGGCGAAGGUGGUGGUGCGCAGGGCGCUCCAAAUUAAACACGAAAUAAACGUUGCAGGUUUUUAUUGUUGUUUUUGUAAUCAAAUUUUAUUUAAAUUUCGUUUCAUCUUUGUUUAUUAAUCGAAAAGAAGUGUUAAACUAAAUUAUAUGUGUAAGGAAUAAAGUAAAUAAGAAAAAUUUCAUUACAAGUAAGGCAUUUCUCUCUCUGUAGGUGAGUGGUGUUCGUAUGGGUACUUUUGUCCUUGUGUGUGUGUGUUGUGUUGUGUUCGUGUGUAUAUAUGAAUUGGGAAAUUUUCAAAUGUGAUGUUAACAUCUUUUGUCUUUACACUGCGUUUCUAGAUAGAUAUGUACAUACAAUCGUCGUGAAAUGUUCGUUGAAAUAAUGUUUAACAAUUGCACAAUACUUAAAGUUAACAAGGGAAAUUGUUUGGUGGAUUGUCUGUUUCGACGAAUGAAGAAACCCCUAAAUGAAUGCUUUAAUGUGAAUAUUUUACAAAGAAUCUGUGUCUGUUUUGCUAAGGUUUUUCAUAUGUUUUCUUGUUUUUGUCUUUAAGAUACUUGUGAUGCAUUAGGUGAGAGAAAAUGUAAGACUUAAAAUUAGAAUGUAAGAAACAAAUGUGCUAAAUUUACCAAAGAUGUGGUUAACAAACGCAAAAUGACAAAAAAAAAGUAAGGGGUGCAGUUCUCAGACUGGCAACUAACAAAUCGCAAUGUGUUUUUUCAUAAAUAAUAUAUAUAAAACAAAAGAUAUAAGGAGUAACAAAUCGGGAGCACAAAAUCAAAACCAAAAGGAGACUCACGUGCGCGCGCAACACAUUAACACCACUCGAUCCGAUCCGAUCGGAUCAGAUCGGAUCGUCUAUAAAACUAAACAACAUUAUCAUGAUCAACAUCAACUGUGUUCAUAUACAGAGGUCGGGCUGCAGACUCGUAGGUGGAUAUAGUAGGUAUAUAUAUAUUAACAGCGAUAAGCAAUUAUGGAAGGGGCAACAACAGAGAACAGAUAGAA